AUGACAGAACGUUUGAUAAUCUCAGAACCAUAUUACUUUAGUGAUUCUAUUUCUCAUUGUGGAUACUGUAAGGGACAGAAACCUGACAAGAAUGAUAAUUUUGCUGUUAAAUCGUGGUAUGACAAACAUUCAGAGGCCAAAGAUGGGUUAGAUGCUCAAAAUUGUACACUAGGUGUUCAAGCGGAACUCGUAUCAGUGGAAAUGUACGAUAGACUUUGCAAUAUGGGAUUUAGAAGGUCUGGUAAGUUCUUAUAUAAACCAGACCUUUUGAGAAAUUGCUGCCGUAUGUACACCAUUAGAACCACUACUGAUCAAGUAAGGGUCUCUAAAGAUAUGAAAACUUGUGUCAAGAGGUUUAAAAAGGCAGUUUCACCAGAGUAUAAUCAAGAGAAUAAGAAAGAUCAUAAGGGACCCUUCAACUUUACGCAAGAGAUAAUUGACACUGAAAGUAAAUCCGACAAUUUUUACACCAAAUUUGAACCUGCAGUAUACUCUGAUGAAAAAUAUAGGCUUUUUGCAAAGUACCAAGAGAGUGUGCACAAUGAUUUUGACCAUAAUGCUAAAUCAUUCAAAAGGUUUCUAUGCGAUGCACCAUUCUCACCAGAAGUCAUUCGAGGCACCAAGCAAGAAUGGGAUCAAUUGAAUGAUUGGAAAAAUCCUGAACGUUCCCAUUUUGAAAGAGUAGGACCUGCCCAUGAAUGUUAUUAUUAUAAUGGAAAUCUCAUAGCUAUAGCGGUAAUUGACAUUCUGCCGAGUGGUAUAUCUUCAGUUUAUUUCAUAUGGGAUCCAGAAUAUGGGAAACUGUCAUUGGGCAAGUUGAGUGCCUUGAGAGAACUUGCCAUUAGUAGUAAGAUCAACCGUAAGCAUUAUUACAUGGGGUACUAUAUUCAAGAUUGUCCAAAAAUGAAUUAUAAGGGCAAAUAUGGCGGUGAGCUUAUGGAUCUGUGCAACUAUAGAUAUACACCGUUAACAAGAGUUGAAAAAGAAAUCGAUCAUAGCAAAUUCUUUGUUUUAUCUGAUGACCCAAAUUUGACUAAUGAACCACAUCUAAACGAAAGAUUUAGUGGAACUGCUGACGUUUGGCAAACCCCAGGGUCGCUGCACAAUGUAGUGGAGAACAUUUAUGGUGUCAAUGGUGGGGCAUUUAAGGUAGCUGAUGAUGCAGCAGAACAGCUAUCGAGAAGGGAAAUCCCAUACAGUAGAGAAUUAACGCACGAUAUCUGUAACGAUGGUAACGGUAAAAAUGACAUCUACCGUAUCCCCAACGUAGUUCCAGGGCUCUUGCCGCUAGAAGAAAUUUUACAAAUGGUCCUACAAAAGAAGAUAAACUUAGUAAACAACAGCAUGGUACUUUUUGAUACCUCUGUGGGUCAUAUCCGACUAGUCGUAGAUUUCGAUAGCGAAUCACCAAAGAUUAAAAAGGCCGUCUGCGACCUUGUAAGGCUAUUUGGUUUACAGAACACCAUGGAUUCAUUAGUAAUUGUAUAG